CCAGUAUCAAGGAUAAGGGUUCCGAGCUUCAGAAUUGGGAAAUUUCGGAAGAACCAAUGGCUUCUUCUCUGAUGGUCUCUCAAACCCUAAUCCUCCGAAACCCUAUCAUCUUUCUCUCUCCUCACAACCCCAAUACUCUCUCUCUUCCCUCACCUUCCAAACAUCUCCUCCUCAUUCCGUUAAAACCGAGAAGUCUCUCUCUCCCUUCACCCCCAAAACCACUAUUCGCUCUCUCUGUCCGUAACCCCAAACCCAAUCCUCUCUCUCUGUCCUCCAAGCGAAAAUCAAGAAUUAUUGCUUCCUCUUCAACAAUCCGCACAAACCCAUCAACUUGUUUGUCAAAUACUCCAAACCCAACUCACUCUUUACUCACGGGGUCAACUCGCACAAUCACAACACUCCUAGCCAUCGCUCUGUCGGUUUCAAAAUUGCUUGCUAACAAAGUCUUAUACUUUGGAAUGGGUGGUAUUCGGGCUCUUCCAGAGAGCUUGGUUCAUUCGGCUGGACCGAUGUUUUUCGCGGCUAUGAAGGACGUACCAACUGGGAAUUUGAACACGCCGCUUUCAGUGGUGGCGGCGGGAAUGGCGAAAUGGCUUGACAUUUAUAGUGGGGUUUUGAUGGUUAGGGUUUUACUCAGUUGGUUUCCCAACAUUCCUUGGGACCGUCAGCCAUUGUCGGCGAUUCGGGACCUCUGUGAUCCUUAUCUGAACUUGUUUAGGAAUAUUAUUCCGCCAAUUUUCGACACUUUGGAUGUGAGUCCGCUCUUGGCUUUCGCGGUUUUGGGUACGCUUGGUUCGAUUCUGAAUAGCAGCAGAGGAGCAUAUUGAACAACUUGUGGUUGGCAAUUUUGUUUGUGGCAUUUCUGUUGUGUAAGGGCCAAUCUUCAGUCAGCAGAGAAAGCUGGUGCCCUUCUUUCCCCUCUCAAGACCCAGUGAAAGAAAGCAAAAAAUAAAAAAUAAACCAAGCAGGCAGCAAACCAAUUCGACCAGAGUUUUUUGUCCUGUCCCUUCCCAGAAUUUCAUAGGUUUAUUGGAAGUCUUAACAAAGUUAAGAAACAUAUCACCUAGGAUUCAAAGCCUUCAAAAUUUUCUUGUGGGUUGUUGCCCGAGAAAUGGCUAGUUGUAUAUUAGUAUGUUAUAUUUAGCACAUAUUGUUUCUCAGAAUUGUAUUUGGGUUUGAAGGUGUUUCAGAAUGUUUAUGGAUUUAUUGCUGAUGACAACCGUAGUAUUUUGAGAUUCAUGUAGAUUGUUU